AUGGGAUUUAGCUUUGAUUUUUGAAAAAUAAACGUUAGGUAUCUUUAACUUGUGGCUCUAUCGCAAAUGAAAUUUUAUCAUUAGUUACUUAUUGCAGUUGUGUUUUGUUAAUGUUUAGAAGACCGGUUAUAGUUUACGAAAAAAGGACAUCUAAAAGAAUUAGGUCUACUUCCAUGAGCUUUUGCUAAUAAAUAAUUAAAUGUUGUGUGUAUAUUCAAAUUUGCAAAAUGAGCGUAAUUGAAGCAAAGUGGAAUUAUAAAAUUAAUAUUAGUGAAAUUGAAGAGAGUUGUUAUAGCAAUUUCGAGUUACAAUUAAAUAACAUAUGCGAAAAUGUCCUUAAAGCUCUUGAAGACGGAUUUUUAAUUGAAAAUAUUAAUUAUCAAGCGAAUAUAGCCCAAACAUACGACGAAGAAUUGAAAUUAAUCAUUGAGAGUAAUAAAGAAUUAAGACAAGAAAUUGCUUUACAACUUAAUGAAUUAACUAAGCAGCAAACCCAAUAUGAGAACUUCAAGCAAGAUCAAAAACUUCUCACGCAAGAGAUAAAAGAAACACAUGAAGCAUUUUUAAUGGCUAAAAAAUGCUAUAAGAAGUUUUUAAAGAUAUAUUAUUCAAUAGAAUCUAGAAGUGACAAUUCCCAGGUUGUUUAUGUGCAAUUUUUUACUGAAGCUAAAAAAGAGACAGAGAACUAUUCAGUUAGAUUAUUACGAAACAUUGAAUCAGGAAAAUAUGAAUUGCAGAGCAUCAACCCAAAACUCAAAACAUUUAAGGAUCUUCAACAGAAGUUAAAAGAAACAAAUGAUGUUCCUGGAGUGUUAUGCUGUUUGAGACAAGCAUUUAUGGCAAUAAAAGAAGCUAAAAAAAAGUAAUACCAUCUACAUUGAAAAGCAGUUCAUUAAAAUAAACUUUUAUUUUAUAAACAUCACAACAUAGCAACCAUAGCAUAUAAGUUACAGUUUCAUGUAAGAUAUCAAAUUUACACAAUAGACAACUCUCUAUUUUAUUAACGACAUUUUUUACAAAAAUACUGUAAUUAUCUUAUUUUAUUUAAUGAUUAACAAUAUGAUGUUAAAAUAGGUGUCAGUAUUUUGUAUUCUUUAAAAAAAUAACAUAAAUUGUAAAUGGAAAAGCUCACAAUGAAAUAACUUGGAUAAGUAAUUAGCUGAAAUAAUUGGUUACUUUUGUAUGUUACAUGAAAUUAUUGUAUAUAUGGAACGAUAACACAUCAACUGUUGUUAAUAAGUAGAUAUAAUAUUGCAUAUGUUAAAACAUUCAGUAACUGUUCAAUAGAAUUGUUUGGUUUUUGGUACUAUGUUGAUAAUACAAUAUGUUUCAAUUAUUAAAUUUUUUACCAAAUGUAUACAGGAGUAAUGAAAAAAAAUGUAAUACAAUAAAAAUGUUAAAAUAAAAGAUUGAUUGUUGAAAGCCUCGGGGUCUAAUAUUUUCAGUAGUUACUGUUUUCAUAUUGCUUGAUAAUUUAACCAUU